GUGCUUUAAUAUUACAGCCACUGGGAGCUUUUGAGAGGAUUUGCAUUUUCCGGGAACAGCAGUGCACGUUUAGAAAGAGAUGCAACUAAUGAUGAAAAUUUCACAAAAUUGAAGAGACCAAUUUUAAAAGAGAAGAGUUUUUUUUUGUUUAAUGGGAUAAUGAAGAUAAGCAUGUUCAUUUUUUUCUUCAAGAAAACAUGAAAUAGUCGCUUUCUUAACCCUGCAUCAUUGUGAAACAGAGAGGUAGACUGAAUUUACAAGCAGGACAGCGAGAAGAACCCGUGACUAUGCUGGACGCCACGGAUUUACAUACUAGGCCUAUUGCGAUGUGUGGCGAUGCAUGUUUGGUAAUAGCCAAAAAGGUGACUGACAUUAACAGUAUUCCGUACCUUUAACACUUUCCGUAUUUACUACGGGAGUUAAAAGUUAUCGAGAGUGACAGUUUUUCUGACAUUUUUCACGACAAUGGAGACAGGAACCCCAAACCACUCUCAAAACUUCCUCUGCGACUUCACUAACCCCAGCGCCCCCGGAAUCUGCCCGGAGAUGCUAGAGGUAGCCCAAGAGGCAUUCCGGGCCGGCGAUUACUCUCUAGCAGCCGAAAUUUAUGGCUCACAACUGGCUGAUCUGCAACAUCCCGAUCGGGGUCUGUGCCUCAGAAAAGGAGACGCAUUGGCUUGGGCUGGCCGGAUCGGAGAGGCCCUUGACUUGUACUGCACCGCCGCCAAUCUUGGCAGACUGCGGCCGGAGGAACUCCAGUUGCUGGUGGAGAGCCUUGCUGACAGUCUCCGGGAAAAAGAAUUGAAAUUGUCGAGCCUGGAGCGGAAGACAACCUACGGAAACCAAAACAAUGGGAAAAGUUGUGAAACAAGCGAUUAUGUUAACAAAAGUAAAUGUUCUGGCGACGGCGACAUAGAAAAGUUUGGAGAUAUGGACGAAAAUGAUGAAUCUCUGGACCUGUUUGCGUGUCGGGUGUGUAAAUGCUUACUGUCAGACCCCACAACGCUACAGUGCGGACACACAUUCUGCAAACGGUGCCUGGAAAACGAGACUGUCACAGAGUGCAAAAUCUGCAAAUAUAAACUAAAUAAAAAGAACGGACAACUUUACCCCAUUGGAUUUAGAGUGAAUGUAAUUCUUGUAAGUUUGUUGGAUAAAUGGUACGAGACCGAGAGCAAGGCCAGAAGAUUAUAUUUGGAAGGCGAGUCCCUCUGUAAAAAGCAAGAAUUUGGGGCUGCUUUGGAGAAUUAUAAUACUGCUAUACAACUGGCUCCUUUUGACUACAUCCUGAUAGGAGAACGUGCCAAACUCCACACAGCUAUGAACAAUUACACCCAAGCUGUUCAAGAUGGGGACAGCAUUUGCAGAUUAAAACCUCUAUGGCCCAAGGCACACUAUUUGAAGGCUAUUGCACUGACCAAGGUUGGCAGAAAGGAGGAGGCAUUGAAAGAGUUUCUUUUCUGUGCGGCUUUAAGGCCUGAGUGGAGCUCAGUAAAACUGGAAGCACAAAAGAUCCUGUGUGAGACGUUUUCGUCGGUGUUUGAGAAUGACAGCUUUCCAGCUCCUCUACGACCCCAGUCAUCAUACACACAGCUCAAACCCUCCCUUCUUAACUGCAUCAACUUGCCUCUUACAGACGAGAGGCUAAGUGAUGGGUGUUCAAAAGACUCCCUAUUUAAAGUCUCUAAAACAGCACCUUGUGACAGUAGUAUGUUUACCACUGUUGAAUCUGUGAAGACUCCACACUCUUUGAAUAAACUUGACUUCCCCUUUGAGGACACAAAGACUCUAGGGUCAGUGCUGUCCAGUCUUCCAGGCUCGAGCCUCAAGAGGAGAUGCCCCAGCAAAUCUGGGUCAUCUCAGGGCUUUGAACUCCCCUGCAAAAUUCUUAAACAAGAUGGGGACUGUUUUCCUCAGAAAGCUGCAGUCCAUAAAGGGUCACGGGAAGUCCCCAUUCAUCUGGUCGACUCCUCUGAUCUGGAGUGCUCUCUCUGCAUGAGGUUGUUUUAUGAACCAGUCACUACUCCAUGCGGACACACCUUCUGUCUGAAAUGUCUUGAGCGAUGCCUUGACCACAACCCCAGCUGUCCACUCUGUAAAGAGGACCUUUCAUUGUAUCUGGCCACCAAAAUGUACAACAAGACUUUUGUAACAGAAGAAGUGAUCAUUCGCUACCUAUCAGAGGAGCUGGCUGAAAGGAAAACAGUCUAUGAGGAGGAGAUGAAGGAACUGUCCAACUUGAAUAAGGAAGUGCCCAUUUUUGUAUGUACCAUAGCAUUUCCGACUAUCUCGUGCCCUCUACAUGUUUUUGAACCACGUUACCGCCUCAUGAUCCGAAGAUGUAUGGAAACUGGCACCAAGCAGUUUGGAAUGUGCAUAGCGGAUGAGCGCAAAGGGUUUGCUGACUAUGGCUGUAUGCUGGAAGUUCGAGAUGUCAAGUUCUUUCCAGAUGGCCGGUCAGUUGUGGACACUAUUGGAGUGUCCCGGUUUAAAGUCCUUAGCCAUAGCCAAAGAGAUGGGUAUAACACUGCCAACGUAGAAUACCUGGAAGACAAAAAGACAGAGGGAGAGGAGUAUGCUGAGCUGGUGAGACUUCACAACUCUGUGUAUGAUCAGGCUGUUGCAUGGUUUACAUCUCUGAAGGACAACAUGAAGAGUCAGAUUCUCAGCCACUUCGGAUCAAUGCCUGGAAAGGAGUCAGACCCUCAAGCCAGUCCCAAUGGACCUGCUUGGUGCUGGUGGUUACUAGCAGUACUUCCAUUAGAGAACCGAGCCCAGCUGACCAUACUGGCCAUGACAUGCCUGAAAGAACGAUUGAUUGCCAUAAGACGUGUGUUAAUUUUUGUCACCCGCAAAAGAUCUUCAUGAUGAUGAUGCACACUGAAGUUCAAAUAGUUGGAAUAUCAGAUCUGAUCCAAAAAUAGAUACGUGAAUAAUUCAGUAGCUUUAUUUCUUGGCAUUCAUAGUUCAACUUGUGCCUGAUGGUCACCUUUACAGAUCCGAGUCCAUUGUCCUAUUUAUUUAUAAUUCAGAAGAACAGAAAAGAUUGUUUUGUUGAGUGAUCCUUGGCCUAGGAUUCAGACUGACUUGAAGCACUAGAGCACCUUAAGUGACCUAUCGUGGCGUAUGUGUGUGUGUGUGUGUGUGUGCGUGAGCGUGCGUGUGCGUGCGUGUGUGUGAGCUGCUCAUGGGUGUUGUGUACCUGUAAAAAAGUUAGUUUAACACUGAAGAGCAAUACAAAGUAGAGGAUGUCUACCUUUCAGAAGCUGCUGUUUUUGUCUGUUAUCUCAGAAGAUUUGUGUCCUUAAAAAUCAUUACCAAUUUACUGUGAAACAUCUCAUGCAACAGAACAAUUUUCAUAUUAAACUGCUAAUUAUAGAUUUGAAUGACUUGCUUUCAGUCUUCUUGAUAGCACAUAGCUAGUUUCAUUAACCUCUAUACUGAGGGGUUUUGUCUGUAUUUAAAACAUAGCUCUACUCCUCCAGUAUGCUAAUGUUAAAUGACAUAUUUCCGAAAUAAGACACAAGCUUAAUCUAUGUGUAACAUCACUCUAUUCUGAUGUUCUUAAGUAUUGUGAUUGCUGUAUUUAGAUUGACAGACUGUGUUUUAUUUUUUAAAUGUGAAUUAUGGAGGUGCAGUGUGUCAUUGGGAAAGUUUCCAUGUGUGGUUCUUUACACGUGAAGUGGCGAUGUGCGUGCAUGUUUGGGAGAAAAGCUCAGGUUUGUGGCUGAAAAUAACGUCCACAGAGAGGGAUAGGGCCAGUCUCAUUUACUCGUGAGCGUGACGUAAAACACGGGAAAAUCCACUUUCUAUGUCCUUUAAACCGCCGGUUUCAAGCCAUGGUGAUCUGCAAUAGCUGGGUUGGGCAGUUUCAUUAUAUACCUCUGGGUUAAUUAUUUACUUUUUUCUUUAAUUAAUAAGUGUGAUAAAUUAGUUGAAAUAGUAUUCACUACUAACGAUAAGCCACCCCACCAAUGGACAUGUGAAAAAUAAUUUUGGCAAGAGCAGUAAAACACAUUAUGAAACAACCAGGCAAAAGGCAUUUACAAAUCACAGUUUAUUACAUCAUCUUAACACUGUGCUUUAAGGAGGCUGUGUGGUCCAGAGGUUAAAGAAAAGGGCAUUGUUCAAAUCCCGGCUCACUCACUGGCUCACUGUGUGACCCUGAGCAAGUCAUUUAACCUCUUUGUGCUCCGUCUUUCGGGUGAGACGUUGUUGUAAGUGACUAUGCAGCUGAUGCAUAGUUCACACAUCCUAGUCUCUGUAAGUUGCCUUGGAUAAAGGCGUAUGCUAAAUAAAUAAUAAUAAACAGUUUUGCUCAAACAAGACAUCACCUGACAACCAUGGAUUGAUUCCCAGGUGAGAUUCUCUCCUGUACCUGUUCUCUUUGCAUGGAAACAACAUUUUCCCAAGCUGUCUGCGUAAACAGCACGGCUAAUUUGCAUAUCGACCUCCUCCUCCUUCAUGACGUCAGGUAAGAGGGUCUUCUCAAGUAAAAUAAACUGAGCCAAUGGAAACCCGAAAUGUAUAGGGCCAGUUUUCAUUUGGCUAGAGCACAGUGUCUUGAGUAAAAUUAGAACACACGUGGAAACUCCCCCAUUGAUGUGACUUUAAUCAGGCUGCAUGUACUGAAACCUGCCUCCCCCUUAGUUACAGGUCAAUUUAUAUAUUAUUAAAAUACUGAAAUUAAUAUGCAGUAUGUUGCAGGCAAUCUGCAAUAAAACAUUUAAUGAAUUGACAGUGUUUGUAGUACACGAGACUACAUAAUGUUACAUUUCUGGCUUUUAUUCAAAUAUAAAAAUGUAAAUAAUCAAAAUGCAUGUAUUUCUGUCAAAUAUUGCAAUGGCUGGUUUUAUGUCAUACAGUUGGUUUCCAAGACACUGAUUUGCACUUAUUUUUGGUCCACCUUAACUCAGCAAGAUUUUAGCUUUUCAGGGUCUGUGAAAUCAGCUUUUAAGUCUGUAGCAAUAAAGUAAACCAUAAGUCUACUAUUUUCAUAUCAAAUAAUGAAACAGUGGAGAAUGGUAUAGCAUUUUUUUCAAAUGCUUCUUUAUCAGUUUUUCUGUAAAAUGCCUAGGUGAACAAUUUCUUUGUCUACAUACUGUAACAACAAGUUGACAAGAUUUAAAAUUAUGAAACAUCUCUGAGGGCCAUUCAGUUGUUCUAUAAGUAUUAAGAACAACACUGUUACUUAUGCUGACUUGUAUUCUUAAAAGAUGAAAUAUCAAAUUUGUUAAAUUACAAUUCUCAACUUGUUGUUCUUACUAGUGUUUUUUGGGAUUUAAAGGUGUAGUGUACCAUUUUACAUGUUUAAGCCUGUAUUGAAAAUAUCUGCUUUAUAGGUGUUAUUUUUUAAUAUCGUCAGUAUAACAGAAAAAUCUAAAAAAAAAUUCAAAUAGCCACCUUCUGUUGCUAGUAAUUGGAAGUGUAAACACAUUGGACUAUUGGGAAGGUCUGGUUUUUAGAAAAAAAGUAUAAUUGACUGGUGAUGGAAUUGCACUGUAGAAGUGUCUAGUAAACCUAACACCAUUUGUAAGUUGUUGUUGUUGUACAGAAACUAAUAAGUAGUUUCUGUAAAUGUGAUGGCAACAAAAAUAUAACUUCGAUUUUUGGAUUUCCCAGUAUGAUGAUUUGAACCUGUAACUAUAAAAAAAAUGUUCACCCUUUCAUUUUGUAAAACAAGUUGAUCCAAGAGAAAAAUGUAGCAUGAAACCACCUGCUUUUUGGGGUCUAUUGAUGAUUAUUUUGUUUUAUGAUGUUCUGUUUGAUGUAACUUAUUUCACGCUAAUAGUGUUCUUAUUGUUUUGUUAGCUUCAGGGAUCUAUAUGAAGAAACGAUGUACAAUUGAGGCCUUUAAAGCUUUUCUGUAAGACAUGCUCUACUUGAUUCGUUGUCUCCGAGCAUCUACUUGUGUUGUAGUUGUCUUUCAUGGUGUCCAGAAUAAUGCUGGGUAUUUCUUGUUUCGGGUUAUCACAAAAUGCUGCAUUCAUCACUUCAUGUAUAUUUGUAUUAUAAAGAAAACAAAGUAUAUUUGACAUAUGUUGUAUUUGAAAUAAAAAAUAAAACAAAAAGGUGUACAUUUUUAGGUAUGGAUAAAAAAAUUUUGGUUGAAAGCCAUAUUGAUUACUAGAAAAGAAAUAAAAAGACUAAAACCUUUUAGUUAGCUAAAAUUUAACAAGCCAAGUAAAAAGCUGCAAAGACCAAUACAAAAGAUAAGGUUAGCUCUCAAAAGAGGCAUAUUCAACAAGACCUAUAUGGCUAACAAGCCAUCGGUUGAACAGACUUGCUGUAUAGAGAAAGAGUUUUGUAUGUGAGAAAUACUGUGGGCAGAAUUUGGAUUACAUGCUGCAAAUGUUCAUAGAGCCCAUAGAAGAAAAAAAAAAAUUAUAACCUGCAUUGAUUCUAAUUCGAGGUGAGUCUAAAUAAAAUUAUUACUUGAAUACUUUGAUCAAGUUUCAAAUACUUGUUCAUUUCUAAAACAAAUGGAAAAAUGUGUUAACUUGGCACUGGAUUUUUAAGAGGAGGAAGUUAAAAGUGAUCAGCCACUAGAAUUGUCACCUCACUGAUAAUUGACAGGAAGGCGGGCACCCUUCAUUACCUAGCUCUACUAUUGGUUAAGGGAGUACAUGAGCAAUGAAAAUGGUGCAAAAAACAAACAAGCAUUGCAUCUUUUAGUUUUACUGUGUGCAGUGGUCUGCGAUGCAAGGUGUUUUUUUGUUGUUUGAAAGUUAACUUUAAUUUGGAUUUUGACUGCAAACUACUUGGGCAAUGAUAAACCUUUGUUGUUUGAUUUCUGCUGUUAUUGGUCUACUGAUAUCAGCUUGAUUCCAGAAUCAGACUUUUUAAUUUUUUUAUUAUUAUAUUAUGGAAUCAGUAAGUACGGGUACAGCACAUCUCGUUUUUAUGUUAUAUACUUUAUUAUAGCAUAGAUUUUAUUGAGCAAACAUAUUUUGUUGUGCUUAUGUGUUUUAUACGAGUUGUGAAAGGGUGUUGAAAAUGCAGUUGAAAGUUUUGAAGGUCCUUUUUUAUAAAGUUCUUAUAGUUAAACUAGUUAUAUUAUUAUUAUUAUUAUUAUUAUUUAUUUCUUAGCAGACGCCCUUAUCCAGGGCGACUUACAAUCGCAAGCAAAUACAAAGUUAAAACCCCUCUGCUGUUUAUUCUUUUUAUUCUUAUUUAAAUCAUUCUUCUAGUUUAAAUCCUGUUUUACUUUGAAUACAUUAGAUGCCUUAGAUGUUUCUUCGAUGUUGCUGUUGAUGUAUUUAUCUAUGCAUCCCUUUACGUGGUGUAACACGAUUCGCACUCACUCGGGUUCGUGCCCCUUUAAAAAUACGACCCAGCACACAGAAAUGGAUUUUCUUGCGCAGUUGCGCUAAUUUUUUAAUAAAGACAAAAAUAAAACAAAUACACAAAAUAAACACCUAGCUCUGUACGAGCACUAACUAACACACGGGAACACCCUUCCUAACACGGGACAGCUAAGCUGUUUUCCCGACUUUUCAAAAAACCUCAAACUUAAACACACUGGUUUGACACCGCACUUACUUUUUCUCUGGCUACUCGGAGACAGAGCACCUCUUCUGCCUCCUUCUACUCAGCAGCCCCGAGCAGACUGCUUGCUCUCCUUUUAAACCCCUGCACCUGGGUCUAAUUCCCCCAAUAAAGCCCAGGUGUGGAUGAUCAUUAAUAAUAAAACAAUUAACAAAUCAAUUAGAGAAUUAAAUAAAACAACAAAGCAAUACAAAACGGUGCAUUCUCACAUGUUUUUUCUUUUGCAGGGAGGUUUUAACCCCCUCCCUGCCGUCUCUCACAACCCGCUAUAUUACAGUGGUUGCUGCAAUACGUUCUAAGGACCUGUCACCAUUAUGAGUAUAAGAGAUUGAGUAUUCGGGUAUUUGAAACUUUUAUUCUUAGUAUAUUCUAAUAUCUUAUUAUUUGAAUUUCCCACCCCUAAUUUUAAUAUUAAGAGGAACGGUAGUUCCUUGCGCCAAGUUAGAGCGAGAACUGCCAGAAACUCUCUAUACAGCAAGAAUAGACAUGUGUGACAGGGAUGGCAGAGUGGUGACGUCAUGCCAGAGGCAGGAAGAAAAACAGGCAGUACUGCAGGGCAAAAAGACGCUGCGGCGCUGUUUUAUUUGAAUAAUAAAACGAAAAUAAAUAUUUAAAUAAAAAAAACACUGCUCACAGAGCACGAAUAAAACAGGUACACAAAUAACAAACACAAAAUACUGUGAUCAGGCUGGGCAGUAGCCUUCACUGAUCGCACUUGUUCUUUUUUUAUUUUACACUGAUUUAUUCAGACCCCAAAUUUUAUCCAUGCAUAUGUAUAUUACAGGACAUCUGAGUUUAAUGACAACAUGGAAAUAUACUAGGGAACACACUUAUUUGAUUUAUUUCUGUUUUAAAAGGGAACAUUUGCCUGCAAUUAUUACUUAUUAUUAUUAUUAUUAUUAUUUUUUAAUGUAAUAUAAAUGUAUAAAAAAAGGUCUAGCAUGCGUGGGAUUUGAAAUUAGAACCUUCAGUUUGCAAGCAUGUUGUGUUGUACUGUCAGUGCUACACGAUUAGUUGAGAAAACAAGCAGUACAGGCUAACUUCACUAUAACGAACCCUUCUUAUAAUGAACACCCGUUUUUAACGUUGCCAACAUCAAGAACCGAUUUUUUCAAUGCAAAUGAGCCCUAUCGAUCACGUACAGGAUCGGCCCGGAUACAAUGAUCUCAGUACUGACUGACACUGAACUUUCUCCAGUGUCAAGUGUGUUAUUCUUACAGUGAAAACAAACACCAUGGUUGACUAAUUCAAAGAUCAUGCUAAUUCAAAGAUUACCUAUUGUAGUACAAAUCCAGAGAUGCCAACUGCUACGGUUUGGCUGUAGCAACUAGGAUUUUCAGGCUCUGCUACGGUGAUACGGGCCAAGUUAAAAAAAAAUACGUUUUUUUUUUUUUAUUUAGUGUUGCGUUAGUGCUCCUGUGUUAAUGAUGGUGUGAGUUUCCGCGUUCCCAUUUUUGUAUCUGAUUCACGCGCUGUGAUUGGCUUGUGGUUAAAAAAAAAAAAAAAAAACACAGUACCUAGACCAUUUAUAAUGGGACAUGCACGGUAGUCAAGGCUUUGCCACUAUGAAAAAAAAUGGUUCAAAGAGGAUUACACCAAGAAGUAUACAUUCAUAAAAAAGUAAGAUAUCAGAACAUCAUGCUUACUGUGAGUACUGCAGAAGCAUGGGGGAAUAAAUGAUAUUCAUGAGCACGUCAGAACCUUGAAACACGAGAGAAAUUCACAGGGAGCUCAAGAAAAUAGAUCAUUGGAUUGUUUUUUUUAAAACGGAUGGCGAAAAUUUACCAAUUGCUGUUGCAGAUCACAUAGGCCCACUUGUGAAAGUGGCUUUUCCUAAUAGUAAAAUUGCUUCCAAGUAUGGCUGUGCGAGGAGCAAAACGACAGCAAUCGUGAAACUUUAGCAAAUCUUUCAGGUACUGAACAGGCCUCGGUUUUGAAAAGUAAUUUUUUUGCCAUUGCAACCGACGGCAGUAGUGACAUCGAGACUCAGUUGUACCCAGUUGUAAUACGUUACUUCAGUGAAGAAAUUGGCAAAGUGGUAACGCAGCUGCUUGCUUUACCAUCAUGCGAGGGUAUAUCGGCAACCGGAGCAGAUAAUGCAGCUGUAAUGCUGGGUGUACAUAAAGGUGUAGCUGCCUAUGUAAAAAUGGAGAACAAUUCUGUCCAUGUACAGUGUUGUCCCUGUCAUUUAAUUCACAUUGCUGCCCAGUCGGCUGCAAAGAGAUUACCAGCAAGAAUAGACAAACUCUACUAUCUAGUUAUUACUAGAAUAUUACUAUCUAGACAAAAGUGGCAAGCGGCACAAGCAGUUGAAACAGUGCCAGGACUUGUGUGGCACCGAAGCAAGAAAGAUUCUGAAACAUGUGAACACCAGGUUUGUGCUUAAGAAUAACUUGUAUGUGUAUAUGUGAAAAGUAUUGUACGUUAAGUCGCUGUCUACACACAAACCGCUUUCUAGAAAAGCAUUCUAAUUAAUCCAGGUCAGAGCGACCAUACUAAAUACCGUUUCUGAUUUUAAUGUGUCGAUAAAUUAUUAAAAUAGUUUGGUUGUAGUUCCUAGCAGCGCAGUGUAAUACCAUACGUACCAUUUGAUUUUAUUUAAAUAAAGUCAAUGUCUUGCCUUUUCCAUGAAUUACUGUAGGUGGCUCAGCCUGGGCAAGUAUAUUGAUAGAUUGCUGCAGCAGUGGGCAGCACUAGUGGAAUUCUGCAAAGUAAACAAAGGUAUAGACCUAAACUAUGCUUUCAUUAUACUGUAUUAUAUCAUUUUAAAGCAGUGUUUUUUAGUUUGAUGGUCAAUAAUGAAUGGUAAUUGUUUUCUGCAUUUCAUCAGGUCCCAGCAAGGUAGUUAAUAAAGCCAAGUCUAGUGAGCCAGCCAUGAGUAAAGGUCAUCCACGCAAGCCAUCCUCUGCAGUGGCAGAAGCUAGUAAAAGUAUGUGUAACUAUUUUGUGCUGCCAGAUUAGAUUUAUUUUCAAAAUGCCUUGUUUGUUUGGUGUGUAUUUAUGCACAUGGAAAACAAAUCAUUUGUACCUAAUACAUUUUGUGUUUGACUUGUACUUUUUUUAGACAAUUGUACGUUUGUUUGUGAAAACGUCUUAUGGUAAUGUGCUUUCAAUUAUUGGUAGGCCCAGUUGUGACCUCAAGUGAAUUGUUCAGUGAUACUGGCAGUGUGAAAUUGAAGGCUGGUAAGGUGUCUUCUGCAACUAAUCAAGGUACCAUUUAAUCUGUUAGUACAGUCUAGCCUAUUAUAAUGGAGGAUUUUAAAAAGAGUAGUUACACUAAUCUUUCUUUUAAAAAUAGUAGCUUCUAUUUUUUUCUAUUUGUGUGAAAUUACAUUUUAGUUUUAUUUUAAUAUUUGUUUUUAAAUGUAGUCUCUGUAACAUCUAUAUGUAUUUUUCUAGUAUUACAAAGGUCAGCAAUAUUAAUUAAUGCAAACUAACACUACAUUACUAAUGAUUAACUGUCAAAAUGAAGAUUACAGUAAAAUAAUAACAUAAGUAUUGUAUACAAAGGAUGGAAGUAUAAGAUACCUAUCUGUAGACUUAGAAAAUCUAUUGCUUGUUUUUCAGAAAGGUUGAAGGAGAAGAUAGUUGUUAGCAAGAAGAGUGGUGUAAAACCUACAAUACCAGCUGGCAAGCCAGACACCAGGUUCUGUAGAAUACAGCGCAGCCUAGAGAAUCCCCUAGUGAAGCUAACCUGUCUGUUUCUCCAAGCCUCCUUACCAUGUUUUGAGGGCUUAAAUGCACUUCUGCAGAGAGAAGAGCCAUUUAUUCAGGUUCUAAAACGAGAAUUGGAUUCCUUGCAUUCACUCCUUCUCAGCAAAUUCAUUAAGCCUGUAGUAAUCACUAGUGUGAGGUCUACAAUCACAAUUAAUGUAAGGGAUAGAAAGAAUCAGAGGGACAGAGAAGAUCUAGUGAUUGGCACCAAAACCAGACAGUAGAGGAAUGCAAGGAGGGAGGGAAGCUCUCUAAAGUGGAGAAAAAUAUAUUUUUUAACUCUGUCAGAGAGUAUUACGCAGAGGCCAGUUCUUAUAUUACCAGCAAAUUGCCAUUGUAUGAGGAGCUCUUAAAACAUGCAGAAGUGGCUGACAUCAGUCAAAGGGCAAAUGUCAAAUUUGAAUCUGUGAUGUAUUUUGUCAGAAGAUUUGAUUUGGUCUCAGUUGAUAGGCUCAAUCAUUUGGAAAAUGAGUUUGUUGCAUGCCAAGUAGAGAACAUUCCUGAAGAUAUUCUUCGGUCAGACAGGGCAGAUGUUUCCUGGUACAAGAUAGGGAGGAUCUUCAAUCCUGUAACAAGCCAACCAAAGUUUGCAUUGUUGGCCAUGGUGAUGCUACUGUAUUGAUAAUACCCCACAGCAAUGCAGACACAGAGAGAAUAUUCAGCAUUGUGCGUAAAGUUCAAACAGAGUUCCGCCCAAAUCUAUCUAGGAAAACCCUAGAAGCUAUUUGUGUACAGAAGCUGAAGCUCUUGUCUGUGGAAAAGAAAUGCUAUGAAGCUGUGUACAAUAAGUCUGUACUGAUGAAGUGCAAGAGUGCCACUUAUACUAAGUUACAUAUGUGAAUAAGCCAUAACAUUGACCAGCCAUCGCCGACACUGAAUUGUGUACUUUAGUUUACAUUUUUAUAUAUAUAUAUGCAGUAGUAAGAAAUGUAUUUAUUGGUUCAGAGAUGCUAAUGCAUAUACUUCCUUGUACAUAAACAAUAAAUACUCUGUACUGUGAAAAAUGUAUGCUGAAUCUCCUUGUCUCCUGUUUUUUGAAAAGCUGUAAUUUGAGUCACUGUCAAGAAAGAGGUCUUACUGGGGCACAGACAUAAAACUAUGAUUUUAAUAAAACCUGUAUUUUUAUGACAAUUAAAUAAUUAGCUCUGAGUUACAUUUCUGUCUAAGCAUUAUAUUGUUGGAUAUUGAUUGAUUUUCUCCUUAAGUGCGUGAAGCGGGUGUGGUUAGGGUAUGCUAAGGUUUGCUAGGGUUUUCUUGAUGCUUCGCUCACCAGGUGCUAGGAUUUCCAUUUUCAAAUGUUGGCAUCUCUGCAAAUCAUGCAUGACGAAUGCAAUCACUGCCUGUCAGUCAUCUUCACACAAACUGCAACCAGGCAACAGGCGUGAGGAGUAAUCUAUGCUGGAGUUUUUUCAAGAGAAAGGACAUGUAAUUACUGUAUUCAGGAUAUAAGUGUACAUUCUUUCCUUUUUCAUUUCUUUACUGUUUUCUUUUAAACAUACCACAGGGGGAAAUUAGUUUUGGUGUAAUUUAUAUAUGUGGAAAUGGGUUUGUUUUGUGUGCUUUUUGGAGUUAUGUUUGAUCAAAUGAUUGUUUACAGACGGAUGCUUGAUUUAAAACUUGCUGCCUGCCUGUCUUCUGUAUUGUGUCCUCUGUGCGUUACCAUUGUUGGUAGCGUCACAUACCCGUACUUUUUGUUUUGUGUUUAAUAAAUUCUGCAUGCCUGUGCCGGCAUUUCAACUGCAA